AUGAUACUAAUACGUCGCGUCUGGCUGUUGCCAGCGUUCUUCCUGGCCUGUCUGGUCUAUUACAUUUACCUCUAUCCCAGUGAUCCCACCACAGUCACCUUUCCUCCUUCGAGCCACAAGACCAGCCUACACUGGACGAAACGACCCGAACGAUAUCCUCCUGCAGGUUACCGGGAAUUGCCCACAGGCCCUGUCGAGAAGAUCCCCAAGAUCCAAUUCGACUUCGCAUCACAGCCAGAAUCUACGCAUGCGAAGGCAACGCAAGAAAGACGAAGAGAUGCCGUCAAAGAAGCAUUCGUGCAUGCGUGGAAUGGAUACAAGAAAUAUGCAUGGGGUCAGGAUGAAGUUGCUCCGGUCAGCGGUGCGUUUCGCUCCAGUUUCGGCGGCUGGGGCGCUACUCUCGUCGACACAAUGGAUACCCUCCUCAUCAUGGGGUUGAACGAUGAAUUUGAUCUCUGCGUCGAGAUGGCUAAACGCAUCGACUUCACAACCAAUGACGAAGACACACUGAACAUCUUUGAGACGACUAUUCGCUACCUCGGCGGUCUCCUUGCCGCAUAUGACCUCACGGACGGAGAGUACGGGGUGCUCCUCGACAAAGCCAAAGAGUUGGGCGAGAUGCUCUAUUCUGCCUUUGAUACUCCCACCCAUAUGCCGAUGACGCGGUGGAACUGGAAGAAAACUGCCCUAGGCGGCGAGAUCGAACCCGGUACCAAUACCUUGCUUGCGGAAAUUGGGAGCUUGACCGUCGAGUUCACCCGAUUGAGCCAACUCACAGGCGACCUGAAAUACUUUGAUGCCGUCCAACGGAUCGCAGAGGAGAUGGAGUGGGCCCAGAACACGACACGUAUACCUGGUUUGUGGCCGACCAUUGUCAAUGCCAAAGAAAUAUCGUGGGACUAUAACCAUUUUACGAUGGGUGGUAUGGCCGAUUCGACGUACGAAUAUCUGCCGAAGCAGUAUAUGAUGCUAGGAGGCCGAGACCAGAAGUACAAGCACAUGUAUGAAGAGGCCAUCGAUACUGCGAAACGGCAUCUCUUCUUCCGCCCAUUGGUGCCAGGGGGCGAGAAUAUCCUUUUCAGUGGCAACGCGGCCCUGACUUCCCUGGAAACAAUCCCCAUCGCUAACCUCGAGCCUCAAGGUCAACACCUAGCUUGCUUCGUCAGCGGCAUGGUUGGUAUUGGUGCCAAAAUUUUCUCGCGACCUGACGAAUUGGAUGUUGCACGUCGACUGAUUGAGGGCUGCAUCUGGGCUUACACCGCAAUGCCAUCAGGCCUAAUGCCCGAAACCUUCCACCUGAUAGCGUGCCAAAUUGGAACGAUCGACCCACCCCCUGGAAAAUGCGACUGGUCGGAUGACAAGUGGUACGAAGGUGUCUCUCGCAAACAUGCCGCGACCGAGGAAACCGCAAGUAUGAGCGCUGUCGAGCGCGGCAAAAAGCUUGUCCAACAACGUCGCCUUUUCCCUGGGUUCACAGACCACGGCGAUAAUAGAUACAUCCUCCGGCCAGAAGCCAUUGAGUCGGUCUUCAUCAUGUAUCGCAUUACGGGGGACCCAAGAUACCAAGACAUCGCGUGGGGGAUGUUCCAGUCCAUCGAAAAGGCUACGAGGACACCCAUUGCGCACGCUGCCGUUCAUGAUGUGAGGCAUGCACAGCCUGGAAAGAGUGACCGCAUGGAGAGCUUUUGGCUCGCGGAGACGCUGAAGUACUUCUACCUCAUCUUCAGUGAGCCGACAUUGGUGAGCUUGGAUGACUGGGUUCUCAAUACCGAGGCGCAUCCACUCAAGAGGCCGACGACGUGA